AUGACAGAAAAGAGAAGUAGAGCUAGUUGGUCUUCGGAUUUUGUGAACAAAACUUUUCUUGAUGCAUGUAUAGAAGAACUAACAAAUAACGGUCGGGAGGGUAGUGGUCCUAAAGGUACCUCAUGGAAUACAAUAGUUGAAAAACUAAAAAAAGAACAUGACUUUGUUGUUGACAAAAAACAAAUGAAAUAUCAUUAUGACUACUUGAAAAGCAAGUAUGGAGUUUGGAUGAAAUUAAAAAACAAAACCAGAAAUGUCUAUAAUUCUAUCACAAACACGUUUCAAAUGACGGAUGAAGAGUGGAAAGCGGAGGCGAAGUUGCACAAGAUGGUUGAGAAAUUAAGAAAUGCACACCUCCUUUACCCUGAUCUAUGCACCCGGUUGUUUAACGGUGUGACCUCGAUUGGUGCUGCUAGUUGGGGACCAUCUUCGACACUCCUUCACCCUCCAGAAGUCUUUACUACACAAGAUUAUGAGACGGUAGAUACACCACCUCAAAUGGAUAUCCCAGCCUCAGCUUCAAUAGUACCCCCACCUACAUGUGCAUCAUAUGCAAGUGAAGAUUUCUUUGGUUGGUCCAAAAACAAAAGAGGAAAACGAAAUGCACCCACAGAAUCACUUGAUGAUGACAUAAGAGAGGUUGGAAAGGAAAUUAUAAAGGCGGAUCAGGCGUUCCUGCAAACUAAUAAUCUUGAAAAGGAGAUGGAUGAAUGUAUUGAAAAAUUGAAAGGCUUGGAGUGGGGAAAUUCUAAUCCAAAAUACAUCACUGCACUUAUGUUGUUUGCUGAAAAUGCUGGUUACUUAUGGAUAAGGAGGGCGAGAUUUCCAAUUUUAAAACGUAUGGCUCCUUAUCCUUUUCCAGUGCAAAGAGACAUAGUCAUUGCCUAUGUCGCGGUCCAUAAUUUUAUAAAGAAAUACGUUAUUCAAGAUGACCUAUUUACAAAAUUUGAACAAAACACUAUGGUUACUCCUAAUGUGGGAGGUGGAGGAAGUGAGGGCCAAAACAUACAAGGCAUAGAAUGGGGUUCAAAAGUCGUUGAGUAUAUUACUACUUUACGUGACCAGAUUGCUACUCAGUUACUUUCAAAUGGUUCACGUUAA